AUGUCUGCGUCGCGAUACGUUUGGUUUAACAGGAAGGAUGGCUAUCUCCGUCCUGACCAGGUCAUGUCCAACUCGAGCAACCAGAUGACAGACAUGACCAAGUUGUCCGAUCUGCACGAAGGCGCCCUGCUGUGGAAUUUGCAAAAGCGCUACGUCAAGAGCCUCGUCUACACGUACACGGGCAACAUUCUCGUCGCCGUCAACCCGUACCAGGUGUUUAACAUUUACGAUCUCGACACUGUGCGUCGCUACGCUGGACAAGUCAUUGGCUCGCUCUCACCGCACAUUUUCGCCAUCGCCAACGAAGCCGUCCAAUGCAUGCUCAAGAACGCUGCCGAUCAGUGCGUCGUCAUUUCGGGCGAGUCUGGUGCCGGCAAGACCGAGUCCACCAAGCUCAUCAUGAAGUACAUUGCCGCCAUCAACAAGGAGCAGUCGAUGGUGUCUGAGCAGAUUCUCGAGUCCAACCCCAUCAUGGAGUCGUUUGGCAAUGCAAAGACGGUUCGCAACAACAACUCUUCACGCUUCGGCAAGUACCUCGAAAUUCAGUUUUCCAACUCUGGCGGCAUUCAGGGUGCAAUGAUGUACGAGUACCUGCUCGAAAAGUCGCGCGUUGUCCACCAGGCCACCGACGAGCGCAACUAUCACAUUUUCUACGAAAUGCUGGCGGGCAUGGAGCCCGACGAGCUUGCCAAGCUCAAGCUCGGCGAUGCCAAGCAGUACUACUAUCUCAACCAAGGCGGAAACACAAAGGUCGACAACAAGGACGACGCGGAAGAGUACUUUUUGUGCACGCGUGCCAUGGAGGUCAUGGGCUUUACUGCCGAGGAGGUCGAGUCAGUGUUCAAGGUGCUCGCCGCGGUCUUGCACCUCGGCAACAUGACGUUCGAAAAGACCUCGGUUGGCGGCAUGGACGCCUCGACGGUCAAAAACCCCGAUGUCACGCGCUUUGCCGCCAGUCUGAUCUCCGUCAAGCCCGACGGCCUUGUGCACUCUUCGACACAUCGCACGAACGUGACGCGUGGCGAGGCCAUCACCUCGCCCUUGUCGGCUGAUGCGUCGGCAGACAAGCGCGACGCCCUGUCCAAGGCGCUCUACUCGCGUCUGUUCUCGUGGCUCGUCAAGCGCAUCAACACUGUCAUUUGCCGCAACUCCAAGUACCACUCGAUCGGCAUUCUCGACAUUUUCGGUUUUGAGGACUUUGAGGUCAACUCGUUCGAGCAGCUCUGCAUCAACUACGCCAACGAGAAGCUGCAGUUCUACUUUAACCAGCACAUCUUCAAGCUCGAGCAGGAAGAGUACUCGCGCGAAGGCAUCAGCUGGGAGAAGAUCAACUUUGUGGACAACCAGGGCUGCCUCGAUCUCAUCGCCAAAAAGCCCACCGGCAUUCUCUCGGUGCUCGACGACGAGAGCAACUUCCCCAAGGGCACCGACGACUCCUUCCUCGACAAGCUCCAUGGCCAACACGAAAAGAACGCCUACUACGAGAAGCCCAAGAAGAAGUCUCCGUACUUUGGCGUCCGCCACUACGCCGGCACAGUCACGUACCUGGUCACGGGCUUUAUCGACCGCAACAAGGACACGCUUCACCAAGACCUGAUCGAGCUCAUCUGCUCCAGUACCGAUCCGCUCGUGAUCAAGCUCUUCGAGUCGUACAAGGAGCAACUCGAGGGCGACAAGAGCGGCAACAAGGCCAAGCGUCUGCCGUCCGUCGGUGGCCAAUUCCACGAGUCGCUCUCUCAGCUCAUCUCGACCAUGUCGGCAUGCAACCCCUUCUUUGUGCGCUGCGUCAAGCCCAACACCAAGAAGAAGCCCACCAUCUUUGAGAACACGCUCGUCCUGACACAGCUCCGCUACUCUGGCAUGCUCGAGACGAUUCGCAUUCGUCGCUCUGGCUACCCCGUGCGUCUGCCGUUUGCCCACUUUAUCUUCCGGUACCGCGUGCUCUCCAAGAACCCGCUGCCCCCAGGCAACCAGCUGGCCGGCAAGGAAGUCGAGGUUGCCAAGGCCAUCAUGGCCGGCGUCGCAGCGUCCUCGCUUGGCGAAGACUCGUACCAAGUUGGCAAGACGAAAAUGUUUAUGCGUGAAAACGUCGAGCGCGAGCUCGAAAAGCAGCGCUCAGAGCGUCUUCGUGGCAUUGUCGUGCGCAUCCAAAAGACUUACCGCAUGUUCCAGUGCAAGAAGCGCUUCAAGCGCAUCCUCGCGGUUGUGCGUGACGUUCAACGUGCCAGUCGCGGCUACCUCCAGCGUGUCGAGACUGCCAAGAAGCGUCGUGCGCUCGUGCUGAUCCAAGCCUUCUUCCGCAUGAUCAAGCCCCGCAAGGAGUACAUUGUCAUGCGUGAUGAGGCGCGCAUCCGAGCCCGCGAGGAACGCCUGAAGGCCGGCAUUCUUCAGGCGCGCGCUAUUGGCGAUGCCAGCACCGUCCCAAUCCCCGCCGAGCUCCAGGCCAUUCUUGACGGCGUGACCGCCUUCACGCCCGUCUACUCGGAAGAGCAAGCCCUUGCGACCAUCGAGUCUGAGCUCAUGCCACUGGGCGGCCACACUGAAGCCGCGCUGCCCGACGACAUCCACUCGUUCAACUUUUCAAAGUUCGCCAAGGCUUACUUUGAGGGCGAGCGCUCGUGGUCGUUCUCCAAGGGCCCCAUCGACAAGCCAUUCCUGAGCCUGCACUCGCCCGAGCUCGCAGGCGAGGCCAUUGGCAUUUUCAACUGCAUUCUCAAGUUUAUGGGCGAUCCCUCCGUGGCUGGCCAGCUCGAGUUCAUUCUGGGCAACUACAUUGUCGCGAAGGGCAUCCAACGUCACGAGCUGCGCGACGAGAUCUACUGCCAGCUUGCCAACCAGACGUGGCUCAACCCGAACGAGGUCAACUGCGAGCGUGGCUGGCUCCUCAUGUCGUUGUGCCUUGGCUGCUUCCCUCCGUCAGAGCAGCUGUACCAGUAUCUGCUUUGCUACGUGAGUCGUCAGGGUGUCGCCAUGUACAAGCAGUACUGCCAGUACAAGCUGCUCCGCUCGUUUGUCAACGACGCUCGUACGGCUCCCCCCGGCAUUGCCGAGUGGAAGGCAGCGCGUCAAUGCGCGCCCCUCGCAAUCGAGGUUGAUCUGCCCGACGGCACCACUCAAGUCAUUGCUGUUGAUUCGUCGACCACUGCCGAGGAGAUUGGCAUGCUGAUUCUCCAAGCCAAGGGCAUUGCACACUCUGCCGAGACUGCUGGCUGGACGGUCGAAAUCUCCUCCACGGGCAAUGUGUUUGACGCCCAGGAGGUGUACGCUGACUACCAUGUUCUGGAUGCGUACUCGCAAACUGAAAUGCCCGAGGAUCUCGUUGUGCUUGCUGGCAGCGCGUCCGCCGCCUUUGCCGCUGCGCCUGUCGGUGGACCUCGUGCUGCUGCUCCUGCUGCACCCCGUCCUCCUGCCGCUGCUGCUGCUGCCGCCCCGCCUCCGCCUCCUCCGGCUGGUAUUCCUCCGCCUCCUCCGCCUGCUGCUGCCGCCGCUGGGCCACCGCCGCCGCCACCUGCUGCACCCAAGGCACCUGGUCCUCCGCCGCCGCCUCCACCGGCAUCUGCUGGCCCGCCUCCGCCCCCGCCUGCUGCCGCUGGCCCACCUCCGCCUCCUCCGCCUGCCGCCGCUGGGCCACCGCCGCCGCCACCUGCUGCACCCAAAGCACCUG